AUUUUGAGUAGCGUGAGUUGUGUGGACGUUCUGAGCGCUGCCGCCCGCUUUGCGGGUUCCUCCGACCACAGGCCCGGGUCCGCGUCCGAGCGUCAGGUUGGAGUCGGGAAACGCCUCUGGGGGCAGCGGCGGCGGGGGCAGGAUGAGCGCGGAGGCGGCGGACCGGGAGGCGGCCACCUCCAGCCGGCCCUGCACCCCGCCGCAGACCUGCUGGUUCGAGUUCCUGCUGGAGGAGUCGCUGCUGGAGAAGCAUCUACGCAAACCGUGCCCAGAUCCUGCUCCGGUUCAACUUAUAGUUCAGUUUUUGGAACAGGCUUCCAAACCUUCAGUCAAUGAACAAAACCAAGUUCAACCGCCACCUGAUAACAAGAGAAAUCGAAUUUUAAAGCUUCUUGCUCUUAAGGUUGCUGCACACUUGAAGUGGGAUCUAGAUAUAUUAGAGAAAAGUUUAUCUGUUCCAGUACUGAACAUGCUACUAAAUGAGUUGCUGUGCAUCAGUAAAGUUCCUCCUGGUACAAAGCAUGUAGACAUGGAUCUUGCUACUUUACCUCCAACCACUGCCAUGGCUAUCCUUCUCUACAAUCGAUGGGCAAUUAGGACAAUUGUUCAAAGUAGCUUUCCUGUCAAACAAGCAAAACCUGGGCCCCCUCAGUUAAGUGUUAUGAAUCAGAUGCAACAAGAAAAAGAACUAACAGAAAACAUUUUAAAAGUGCUAAAAGAACAAGCUGCUGAUUCUAUUUUGGUACUAGAGGCAGCCCUAAAAUUAAACAAGGAUCUUUAUGUUCACACGAUGAGAACUCUAGAUUUAUUGUCCAUGGAACCAGGCAUGGUAAAUGGAGAAACUGAGAGCUCUACCGCUGGAUUGAAAAUCAAAACUGAGGAAAUGCAGUGCCAGGUGUGCUAUGAUUUGGGUGCAGCAUACUUUCAACAAGGCUCCACAAAUUCAGCUGUCUAUGAAAAUGCCAGAGAAAAAUUUUUCAGAACCAAAGAACUAAUUGCAGAGAUAGGUUCAUUAUCUCUUCAUUGUACCAUAGAUGAGAAGCGGUUAGCUGGCUAUUGUCAAGCAUGUGAUGUUCUUGUACCUUCUUCUGAUAGCAGCUCUCAACAGUUGACUCCAUAUAGUCAAGUUCAUAUUUGUUUGAGAUCUGGCAAUUAUCAGGAGGUAAUACAGAUCUUCAUGGAUGAUAACUUAACCUUCAGUUUACCUGUCCAGUUCCGGCAGUCAGUACUAAGAGAACUCUUUCAGAGAGCUCAACAAGGAAAUGAAGCUCUAGAUGAAAUCUGUUUUAAAGUCUGUGCGUGCAACACAGUCCGUGAUAUGUUAGAAGGUAGAACAAUUAGUGUUCAGUUUAACCAACUAUUUCUCAGACCAAAUAAAGAAAAGAUUGAUUUUCUUCUUGAGGUAUGCUCAAGAUCAAUUAAUUUAGAAAAAGCUUCAGAGUCUUUGAAAGAAAACAUGGCUGCCUUUCUGAAGAAUGUGUGUCUGGGAUUAGAAGAUCUGCAGUAUGUGUUCAUGAUUUCUUCACAUGAGCUUUUUAUUACAUUGUUGAAAGAUGAAGAACGAAAGCUACUUGUUGACCAAAUGAGGAAGAGAGCCCCUAGAGUAAAUCUAUGCAUUAAACCUGUAACUUCAUUUUAUGAUAUCCCAGCUUCAGCUAGUGUUAACAUUGGACAACUGGAACAUCAGCUUAUAUUGUCGGUGGAUCCCUGGAGGAUUCGACAGAUUUUAAUUGAAUUACAUGGUAUGACUUCAGAGCGCCAAUUUUGGACAGUAUCUAAUAAGUGGGAAGUACCUUCAGUGUAUAGUGGUGUUAUUCUGGGAAUUAAGGACAACUUAACAAGAGAUUUGGUAUAUAUUCUCAUGGCCAAAGGUUUACACUGCAGUGUUGUUAAGGACUUUUCCCAUGCUAAACAGCUGUUUGCUGCUUGUUUGGAGUUGGUAACAGAGUUCUCACCAAAACUACGUCAGGUUAUGCUGAAUGAGAUGUUGCUUUUGGAUAUUCAUACACAUGAAGCUGGAACAGCACAAUCAGGAGAGAGACCACCUUCUGAUCUUGUUAGUAGAGUGCGAGGAUAUGUGGAGAUGAGACUUCCUGAUAUUCCUCUUCGUCAAGUUAUAGCUGAGGAGUGUGUUGCUUUUAUGUUAAACUGGAGAGAAAAUGAGUAUCUCACGCUACAAGUUCCUGCAUUUCUGCAGAGCAACCCAUAUGUAAAGCUUGGACAGCUUUUGGCAGCCACAUGCAAAGAACUUCCAGGCCCUAAAGAAAGUAGACGGACAGCUAAAGACCUUUGGGAAGUUGUUGUUCAAAUCUGUAGUGUAUCUAAUCAGCACAAAAGAGGAAAUGAUGGCAGAAUUAGCUUAAUAAAGCAGAGGGAAUCUACAUUAGGCAUAAUGUAUCGGAGUGAACUGCUUUCUUUUAUCAAAAAAUUACGGGAACCAUUGGUUUUGAGUAUUAUUUUAUCCCUCUUUGUGAAACUUCACAAUGUCCGGGAAGACAUUGUGAAUGACAUCACAGCUGAACAUAUUUCUAUUUGGCCAUCUUCCAUUCCCAACCUCCAGUCUAUAGACUUUGAAGCUGUAGCAAUCACGGUGAAGGAGCUAGUUCGGUAUGCACUUAGUAUAAAUCCAAACAACCAUUCCUGGUUAAUUAUUCAAGCAGACAUUUAUUUUGCAACAAACCAGUAUUCAGCAGCACUUCACUAUUAUCUCCAGGCAGGAGCUGUGUGUUCUGACUUUUUUAAUAAGGCAGUGCCCCCUGAUGUUUAUACAGAUCAGGUAAUAAAAAGAAUGAUAAAGUGUUGUUCUUUGCUGAAUUGCCAUACACAGGUGGCAAUUCUAUGUCAGUUCCUCAGAGAAAUUGACUACAAAACAGCCUUUAAAUCAUUGCAGGAACAAAACAGUCAUGAUGCUAUGGAUUCCUACUAUGACUACAUUUGGGAUGUCACCAUCUUGGAAUACUUGACUUAUCUUCAUCAUAAAAGAGGAGAAACGGACAAAAGACAAAUUGCUAUCAAAGCCAUCGGCCAGACAGAAUUGAAUGCAAGCAACCCAGAAGAAGUGUUACAGCUGGCAGCACAGAGAAGGAAAAAGAAGUUUCUCCAAGCAAUGGCAAAACUUUACUUUUAAGCAUUUCCUUAGAAUUUUUUAACUUUUAUUUUUUAAACAAUGGGCUAAAAAGCAGUAUUAAAAGAUUACAUUUAUAUAAUA